ACCGGAAGCAGUUUUCAGUCAGCUGAAAUAUUUUGUUUUGGUCCUCCUCCCAUCAUAAGUUAGCCCCGUGCUCUUCGUCUAAUUUGUGCUUCUGCAAUCAGAUUUUAUCCCCACUGACAGCUUAAAGACAUGAAGAAGUUUUUCGAUGACAUUAAGAAGGAUAUCAAGUUUAAAUCAGCCGGUCCUGGGAAGAAACUAACGGAAGAGAGCGGUGGCAGGCCCCAGGUGGUGCAGAGCAGCUCCAGUGCAAAGCAUCACCGCCAUGCUCCCAGUGAAGGAGCCCAGAUGGCUGGAGCCGCGGCUCUGGCCAGGAUUGAACAGCAUCAGCGGCCGAAGGUCCACACCUCACAGGACGCCAUUAGGAACCAGGUUAAAAGAGAGCUGGAGGCUGAGGCGGCUUCACUGGCUGAGAAAGAAAAGGCAGCAACAGCAGAGGGAUCCAAAGUGCCAGUGAAAGAUCCCGCCUGUCUCUCAGUGUCAGGUGUGUAUUUCACCUGUCCGUUAACUGGAGCCACAUUAACUAAGAGUGAGAGGGAAGUACACAUUAAAGAGGCCAUUUUAAUGCGGUUUGAGGAGGAUGAAGUUGAGGCUUCUGUUAUGAUGAUCCACACAUUUAACAGGGACAGAGAGAAAGUGAGGUCUGCUGUGGACAUCAUAAGCAAGUAUGUUGAGAAUAUAUGUAAGAAUCCCACAGAGGAGAAAUACAGGAAGAUUAAACUCAGCAACAAAGUAUUUCAGGAGAAAGUGCGUUGUGUGGAGGGCAGUAGAGAGUUUCUGCAGGCUCUGGGAUUUACCAGCAUUAUGCUUCCUAUAGAAGGUCAAGAGGAGGAAGAGGAGUUCCUUGUGUUGCCAGAUCAGAAUCCAGAUGCCCUGGAGUUGAUGAAGGAGAGAAGGGAUCGUCUUCAGAGAGGAGAGCCAGUCCGAGCUCAGCUGAACAGACAAGCUCAAGCAUUCAGAGCCUCUCCCAACGCCACACACUUCGAGCUGCCACCAGAAUUCUACAACCUGACGGCAGAGGAGCUCAAGAAGGAGCAACAGCAGAGGAGUGAUUUGGUGGAGAAGAACGCUAUGCUGCGCACUAAGGCCAUGAGGGAGAAAGAGGAGCAGAGGGAGAGAAGAAAAUAUAAUUACACCCUGCUCAGGAUCAGACUGCCUGAUGGGAACCUGCUACAAGGGACAUUUUACGCCUGGGACCGACUUCCUGUGCUGUUCGGCUUUGUACGGGAGUCACUGGUGGACGGCUGGCAGCCCUUUGAGCUCAUCGCUCCAGGAGGUCAAAAACUACAAGAGGCUGAAGAAGUCGCUCUCGCUGAGUGUAACCUGGUCCCUGCCGCUCUGCUCUCAUUUGCCUGGGAUGCAGCUGUGCAGGCGGAUAUCGCAGCCGCAGGUGGAAAGAGCCCCGCCCUCCUCAAACCAGACCUGCUGGAAACCAUUCGGACCCUGAGCUGAGCAGACUUCCCCCUGAACUCUCCCUGCUACCUUCCUCCCUGGCACAACCAGGGUGAAAUUGCCCCUCACAAAUGACUAGCGACACCUUUUAUUUUUUACAAAUGCUAACUUACUACUGUAUGUCAGUAGCAGCGUUAUAGACGAGGGGCAAAUUCACUCUAAUGCGCUUGUUUUGCUGAGUCUCCUCAUACCCGCCUCCCGCCACUGAGGGGGAUAAUGUCACCCUGCAGUCUGCCUCAGCAACACAUGCUGUUGAAAGAAGCACUAACAGAUGUAAGCAGAAAGCAAGAGACACAUGUUGUUUUGUUGUUGCAUCCUGAAUGUACAUGCCGGCAGCAGUCAACCAUUCAGGUAUACUUUACAUGGCAUGUUCAGACCUUGUUUAACUGUGUCGCUACUUUUUCCCAAGUAAACAAUCCAUCUGGCUCACACGACAGUCGGGUUAACAGAGCGAACGCCAGAUACUAUUGUUGAAUCUAUCGAGUGUCUUGGCGCAAGACUUUAAAUGCUGUUAGUUUUGUUUGGUAAUGCUCAAGGUUGAGUCAGUGUUUUGUCUGUAAACUGAAUGUCAACCGCACUGAUACGAGUCCGGCUCUGUUCCUGUAAACAUAUGUAAGCUUCUGUUGCCCGUUUGUCCUCUGCUCUGCAGUGGCCUCACACUCCUUGGUGUUGUACAACAGUUUUCUGGUUGCUUCGAUAAUUAAAAACCUCAAAAGUAAA